UCCAUCCCUCCUCCCCGGCCCGCCUUGAGGGCGGGGUGUGCCGGGAGGCGGGCUCGCUCCGUGCCGGCGCUGGGGCUCGCUCCGUGCCGGCGCUCGGAGUUGCCGCAGUCCGCGGGCAGGGAGCGCCCGCCGCCGCCGCUAUGGCGCACUCGGUGGUCCUGCGUGGCCCUUCGCCGUGGGGCUUUCGUCUGGUGGGCGGUAAAGAUUUCAGCGCCCCGCUGACCAUCUCCAGGAUUAACCCUGGCAGUAAAGCAGCCAUGGCAGACCUGUGCCCAGGAGACAUUAUUCUGGCAAUUAACGGAGAGAACACAGACAACAUGACACAUCUAGAAGCUCAAAACAAGAUCAAAGCCUGUGUGGACCAGCUGCUGCUCUCUGUGAACAGAUCUGAAGGGAAGACCUGGUCCCCCCCUGUCCUGGAAGAUGGCAAGGCUCAAGCAUACCGGAUCAACAUCGAGCCAGACCCACAGGAUAGUGGCCCUGCCCAGAGCAGGAGGUCCAUGCCCCAUGGAGCUGGGGGCAGCCCUGUGGACAGCAAGCAGAUGCUGAACAUGCAGCAUCACCAACCAACCCGGCUGUACACGAACAACAGCUCUGAGUCAGCCCUUCCAGGCCAGCUGAGUGGACUCCACAUCACUCCUGCACACAGCAUUGACCCCGUGAAGUCUCUCCCACGGAACAGAAAUGGGAUUGAUGUGGAGUCCGAUGUCUACAAGAUGCUCCAGGAUUAUGAAAAGCCCAUUUCAGAGCCAAAGCAGUCUGGAUCCUUCCGGUACUUGCAGGGCAUGUUGGAGGCCAGUGAGAAUGGUGAGAAACUCGACAAACUGAGCAACCCCCGGAACAUCAAGUCCCCAGUGCCAAAGCUUGGUGGCCCCAUGUCUGGGCUGCAGAUGCUCCCCGAGUGCACCCGCUGCAGGAAUGGCAUUGUGGGCACCAUCGUCAAGGCUCGGGACAAGCUCUACCACCCCGAGUGCUUCAUGUGUGACGACUGUGGCCUCAACCUGAAGCAGAGGGGGUAUUUCUUCAUUGAGGAGCAGCUGUACUGCGAGACACACGCCAAGGAGAGGGUUAAGCCCCCCGAAGGAUAUGACGUGGUGGCUGUUUAUCCAAACGCCAAAGUUGAACUCGUCUAAGGCUGGGCUGUGCUCUGGAGAGGUGGGAUGGCCCACCCACGUCCUCCUGCCAGCUGCAAGCACUGGGGCUGUAAUCAACCCCCAUGACCAAAGCCCAAGUUCAAAUGCCUUUUCCUAGAUAAAACCGUUUACACUUGGGAUCUCCGGGGAAUGGUGUUGAAAGCAUUCAAACAGCUUUUGCCCUUCUUUUUGACACUCUGCUUUUUGCUGUGUUGGGUUAUUAGUCUGUGCUGUAAUCUUAUCCAAGAUCUAUGUAAAUAUUGAUUAAUUCUCUACUCUCUUUCAUAUAAAACCUGUAUUCCUUUUUUUUUCCUUUUUUUUUUUUGUGCCCUCCUUCUACUGAAGAUGUUUUAGAAGAUGUUUUAAAAGCUCAAAGAAAAUAAGGCACUUUAACAAAAGAAGCUGUCUCUUAUGUCCUGACCCUAAUCUCCUGUCCUGUGGCUGCCCAGUGAUUAAAAACCAACCCCUGAGAGUCAGGACAGUACCAGUGGCUGCCUCACUCAGCUGCAUCCCAGCAGAUGUGCCAAGGAAGGGUGGUCUCUUAAAACAGUAAUUACAGUGAGACUCUCUGGACCAGGGCAGUGCAGUUUGAGGCUGCCAAGGACUGAUUCAAGUUCCCAAGAGAUCUCCCCACUGAGUGUGUCAUGAGGCCUUUUUCUUCCUCCUUCUACUCCUAAUUCCAUUAUUCUGUUAUCUAAUGGCUCAACCACACCUUGAAAGGACACUGCAGCAGUCUGGAGCACCCUUUGAUUAUCCCCACCUCCUACAUUUCUGCCCACAGCUGCCUUUGCUUUGGCCAUUGUGACUAUUCCCCAAUUUUUGCUGUAAUUUUACAGUCCUUUAUUUCUAAAUCCUCAGAUUGCUGCUAUCUGGGUCUGCCUCCCAACAGAGAGGGGGUGAUAAAAUCCCUCCAGGCACUUAGGGAAUAACCAGAGCUUGGGUGAGCCCCAGGUCCCAGGGCAGCAGGAUUGUGUUUAUACCCAUCUCCUAAGGCUGUGCUUUCAGCCAGGUCCAUCGUCCACUUUAUUUGACAGGGAAAAGAUUUAGUGGCUCUUGAAAUGCUUCUAUGUUACAGAAAUGUGGGUUUUUUCAUGUUAGAGGGAGCUGACUUGCUCAGCUGCUGGGUGCUGCUGUGCAAGGUGAUGGGAGCUCUGUCUGGUAACACGAGGUUAUUUCUGCUUUGCAACAGCCUCAGUCUUCUUCCUCCUUAUUUUGAGAGAGAAAGGAUGUGGGGGAGAAAAAGAAAUGCUUGUGCUUGCUUUCCUUCCAUGGAAAAGGAAAUAAGAAAUGGAGUAAUGGGAAAAACAUCCCUUUCCCUCCUGGCUCUCCGUAAGAGGGAAAAUUGGGGAUUGGAGGAGGGUUGGGAACAUAGUCCUAGUUGGGGCUGAGCAGGUAAUUUCUUCCUACAGGUUCUGCACCCCAGAAGGGAUUUUAGGGUGCUGUUGGUCUCCAUCUAGACCUCUUCAUGCAGUGCUUUACAGGGACACAGCAGCUCCUGCCCCAUGCCCUGCAGCCUCCCAGCAGCCUGGGCUCCCUUCAGCUGGGUACCACAGAGAUGCUGGCUGUGUGCAUUCCUGCUAGCAGGGGAACAUCCAGAGGACAUCCUCUUCCUUCUGCCAUCAGGAAUUUUUAAUUAUUAAAGUACAAGAAAUGUGGAACUUUUAUCACAGUGCUGAACCACAUUUUUCUUGUAUUUGCAUGGCCUUGCUUGGUCAGUUGGACCCUCUGAAGGGGGUAAUAUUUGGGACAAGUGUAAAGGAGAACACAUGGUAAUCAGGUGGGAAGCAUUACUGCCCUGGUUUGCAGGGCUCUGCUUGGAGCUCCUAUGGGUGCCCUUGUCAGAAACAUUUAUUCUGAAUUCCUCUGUUAUCCUUAUACAUUGCUGGUUUGAGCUCUGGUGCCUGUAGCUUGAGAGUUCAGGCUUCACCAAAAUCCAGAACUGAAUACAGCCCAGCUGCAUGAUGGAAGACUCCCAACAUGAAUGGCACAGGAUGCCCUUCCCUGUUUCCAGGCAGGCAGUUGGAGCUCCAGUGGUGCUGUUUGUCACUCCCUGAGGCUCUUGUCCCCAUUUGACUCUACCUGCAUGGUGGCCAUGUCCUGCAGGAUGCCAGGAAUCUGCAGCCUUGAUAGAGGGAGCACCAAGAAGUUCAUAAGUGGGUUCAUUGCCCUCAUUUUAAACACCCAGCUGAGCAGGCUGCUGCCAGGGCACCCUUGGUGGUCUUGCUUGGCUGCCACACCAGUGGGAAUGCUGGGCAUGGAGCUGUUCUUCUAAUGAUCCCAAGUUCCCUCAAAUCAAUAUUCCCACAUGGCAUCUCCUGAUACCCUUUCUUAGGAGUAAUCCAUUCACCUGAUUCCCCUGCAGAGCUUGGAGCUGCUUUACUCAGGCCCAUCCCAGGGCAUGUGGUUUCCUGGCUUCAGACCACCCUGUUCCUGUUGUGAGGCUUGCAGGAGCAGCCACAAGUGUCACCUUCUCUGUCACCAGAUAAUGCUGUUAACUCUGUAAAAUGUGGGGAGGGUACUGUUUGUAUGAAACAAAAAAUAAAAUUGUAUUAUGGGUUUUGUCUCACA